AAGCUAAUUCUCAUCAUAAUUCAAAUAUUGUGAAUGAUCACUAAGAAGCUCUACAAGUGGAAGAUUCAAAUAAACACAAAAGGUAUGAUAAAAAUAGAAAUUUUUCUAAUAAAAAUAGAUUUAUUAAAAGCUAAUAAAGUAAAACACAUUGAAUGUUUUUAUUGUCACAAACGUGGACAUAAGGCAAAUCAGUGUUUGAAGAAGAAAAACGAUGAUCACAAAGCUCAACUAGUACAAGUUCCUGAAAUAUCCAAAACUGAACAAUGCUUGUGUGCUUCCAAUAUUCAGGAUGAAGAUAAUCAGGAUAAUAGUAUUAUUACUGAUGUUUCAUUGAAUAUAAACAUGGAACCACCGAUGGAAUGGUACAUUGACAGCGGUGCUACGUUACAUAUGUGGGAUGGUGUGACGUCAGGGAAGGACGUGGCUGAUUGUUUAUAA